AUGUACAGCGUCAUCGUGAUGAAGCUCAACCUCACCACGGGCCUCGUUCCCACGCUCAACGUCUCCGCCGCGCUCAUCGCCUUCGUCGUCCUCCGCGGCUGGACCAAGGCGCUGGCCCGCCUCGGCGUUGCCGCCCGCCCCUUCACGCGCCAGGAGAACACCGUCGUGCAGACCUGCGCCGUCGCCUGCUACAGCAUCGCCGUCGGAGGUCAGUGCUGGCCACACAUCACAUCCGCCAAUUUGUCAAGUGGAGACCUUGGAUUGAGACGCGUCCUUGGAUUUUUCCCUUCCCUUCCCACAGGCGGGUUCGGGUCCUACCUGCUCGCGCUCGACAAGAACACCUACGAGAUGGCCGGGGAGGAGACGGAGGGCAACGUGCCAGGGAGCUACAAGGAGCCCGGCAUUGCGUGGAUGACCGGCUUCCUCCUCGCCGUCAGCUUCGUGGGGAUCAUCGCGCUCGUCCCUCUCAGGAAGAUUAUGAUUAUUGACUACAAAUUAACUUAUCCAAGCGGGACUGCAACAGCUGUGCUUAUAAAUGGAUUCCAUACGCCUCAUGGAGAUGCUAUGGCAAAGCAGCAAGUAAAUGGAUUCACAAAAUACUUCGGAAUCAGCUUCUUCUGGAGCUUCUUCCAGUGGUUUUACUCUGGUGGGGACAGUUGUGGGUUCUCGCAGUUUCCUACUUUUGGACUAACAGCUUGGAAACACACAUUCUUCUUUGAUUUCAGCCUCACAUAUGUUGGGGCAGGGAUGAUUUGUUCCCACCUCGUUAAUCUGUCUCUCCUUUUUGGCGCCAUUCUCUCCUGGGGUGUCAUGUGGCCUCUGAUCAGUGAUUUGGAAGGCGACUGGUAUCCAGCAAAUAUACCAGAAAGCAGCAUGAGCAGUCUGCAAGGCUACAAGGCCUUCAUAUGCAUAGCUCUCAUCCUAGGAGAUGGCCUGUACAAUUUUGUCAAGAUUAUUGUAUUCACUAUCAAAAAUCUGAUUGAAAAAUCAAAUCUGAAGAACACAAAGAAAGAUGAAGACAUUCCAGUGCUUGAUGACCUUCACCGUAAUGAAGUUUUUAUGAAAGACAGUCUACCUUCCUGGCUAGCCUACUCUGGCUACGUUGCAUUAUCAGUUGCUGCAGUAAUUAUCAUCCCCAUGAUGUUCCGCGAGAUGAAGUGGUACUAUGUUGUCAUUGCGUACCUACUGGCUCCUGCCCUGGGUUUCUGCAAUGCCUAUGGUGCCGGCCUUACUGAUAUCAACCUGGCCUACAAUUAUGGGAAGGUUGCCCUCUUCAUUCUUGCAGCCUGGGCUGGAAAAGACUCUGGUGUAGUGGCUGGCUUAGUAGGCUGCGGUCUGGUGAAAUCGCUGGUGUCAAUAUCUGCUGAUCUGAUGCAUGAUUUCAAGACUGGGCAUCUCACACUAACAUCACCUAGAUCAAUGCUAAUUGCUCAAGCUAUUGGCACUGCCAUGGGCUGUAUCAUUGGGCCACUAACAUUCAUGCUGUUCUAUAAAGCAUUUGACAUAGGCAACCCAGAAGGGCCCUGGAAGGCACCGUAUGCUCUGAUCUACCGAAACAUGGCGAUUCUUGGUGUCGAGGGUUUCUCUGCUCUACCCCAGCAUUGCUUGCAGCUGUGCUAUGGGUUAUUUGGCUUUGCAGUGGUGGCCAACCUUAUGAGGGACCUCUUGCCGCCGAAGUAUGGCAGGUGGGUUCCCCUACCGAUGGCAAUGGGGGUUCCUUUCCUCGUCGGCGCGAGCUUUGCCAUCGACAUGUGUGUGGGAAGCUUAGUAGUCUUUGUCUGGAACAUGAUGGACAGAAGUAAGGCUGCACUGAUGGUGCCGGCAGUUGCAUCUGGUUUGAUAUGUGGAGAUGGGCUCUGGAUCUUCCCAUCGGCAUUGCUUGCACUGGCCAAGAUCAGUCCACCAUUCUGCAUGGCAUUUAGGCCUACACACUAG